AUGGCGCUGUCGAAGCGGCCGCUGAGCAAGGAGACGCCCUUGAUAGACAGCAGCAGCAACAAUAGCAACAGCAAUGGUUGCAAUGAGCAAGAGACAGCAAUCAAAAGACGCAAACGUUGCAGUCGCGAUGAUGAGCUAAGCAACAACAACAACAAUAAUAAUAACAACAACAAUAAUAAUAAUAACAAUAGCAUAACAAAUAACAAUGCGCUGCCACAAAAGAAACGUCAAUUGUCACUGGGCGUGGCCAAGACGAGCGACAGUCCGCCAGCAGCAGCAGCAGCAGCCAGCAAAGCGACAGCAACAGUUGCUGCAGCUGUUGGCGAUGGCAACGAUCAGGACGAUGAAACUUUGAUACGCGAAACGCAAGCGGCACUUAAAUCUCUAUCGGGCAGCUGGCCCGAUGCGCGCACCAAUCUGUAUCGCUUGCAGGAGCAGGAGGAUGAGAAUCCGCCGGCGUUUCAGAAUCUCUUUGAGGAUAAGCAAAAACAAAAGGAGAACGAUCAGGCGCGUCUGAAUGCAGUGGGACAUCAUCCGCAUCCGCAUCCGCAUCCGCAUCCCCAUCCGCAUCCACAUCCCCAUCUGCUGCAUCAGCAGAUGACGUCGCAUAGCAAAAAGGAUGCAACGCUAGUGGAUGCUGCUGCUGCCGCCGCUGCAGCCUACAAUGCAGCUGAGGCCUACUAUGGCUAUCAAGCAGCAGCAGCAGCUGCGAGUCAACAGCAGCAACAGCAGCAGCAGCUUGGCAGCUUUGACAUGGGCGCCACGCCCACUGUGGGCGACAAGUGCAGCAGCAAGCUAAUUGAUGCCAAGCAAUAUACAAUACUUCAGCCAGCAGGCAUUGGCAGUCGAGCUGCCUCAGUGAUGCAGGAUAUAGCGCGCGAAGGUGUUGUCGGCGUGCCGCUGGUAGCAACACCGCCCACAACAGCAGCAGCAGCAACCACACCCACUCCUGCAGCAGCAGCAACAAUUGCUGCCACGCCUACGCCCAGCUACUCGCCGGGCAGUCAACAUCGCGUGCUGGCACUGCAUGAACAGAUAUUGAAAUGCCCCACGCCUGGCUGCAACGGACGUGGCCACGUGCAACCGCAUCGCAGUGUCCAUCGCAGUCUCUCGGGCUGUCCGCGUGCCGUACGCCGUGCGGCGAAUCGUCGGCCAAUAGUGCGCCAAGAGGCGAGCUGCGCCACGGAACUGGAUAAACAUGAAAAGGAGCUGAAUGCGCUGGACAAGCUCAAGCUUAGCACAACGCACUUUUUAAAUAACAACAACAACAGCUGCAUCAACAACAACAAUAACAGUAAUAACAACAACAACAACAACAACAGUAAUAAUAAUAAAACCAUGCCCAUUAUUAAAACGGAAUACAGUCCCGUGGCUAGCAUCAAAAGUGAAUAUAACAAAAGCCCCAUGCACUCUUAUCUAAGCAAUGAUGCUGCCGGCAAUGCCAGCGCCAGCAACAACAGCAGCAACAACAACAAUAAUAAUACGAGCAACAACAACAACAACAAUAGCAACAGCAGUCCAAUUGUAGUUGCCACAGAGCCGCACUUGAGUCGCUUUGUUGGCUUGCAAAGUCCACAGCCACAUGCGCAGCAACACCAACAGCAGCAGCAGCAACAUCAACAGCAGCAACAACAUCAGCAGCAGCAGCAGCAGCAUCAGCAGCAACAUACGCUGCAUCAGCAACGUGGUCCGUUUAUCGAAGGCAACAGCCAAUUGCCCACUGCGGAUGCAGCCAAUGAAGCAGCCAGCUAUCAUGCAGCCCAAGAGCAGCAGCAACAACAACAACAACAGCAGCAGCAGCAGCAGCAGCAGCAACAUCAACAGCAGCAGGCAGAUGAGCGUCAGCAGCAAUACGAGCAAAUGCGUUAUGCUCACAGUUUAGCAGCCAGCGAUGCUGCUGCUCAAUUGUUGGCCAGCGCUGCCAGCAGCAACAGCGAAUUGUCGCCAGCACAGCGCAGCGCCUAUGAGCACGCCCAUGCACAGCAGCCACACCCACAUCCACACCCAUACGCCGUUGGCGCCAGUGUUUGCUGUGUAGGUCUCACGAUGCAAUUGGCGGCGGCGGCGGUCGGCGGCGGCGGCGGCAGCAGCAGCAGCUUCGAGCGCUACGAUCCCAACUGCUGCAGCAGCAAUGUGCCACAGCGACAGCCAAGCGCGCCGGCCAACAUGUAUCACUACUUGCCACAGAGCGCCGAUGACUUGCAGGUGCAGCAGCAGAAAUAUCUGCAGGAGCAGCAGCUGCUAAUGGCCAAGGCCGAGCACGACGAGCUGGCGAAUGGCGCUGGUCCAAUUUAUCCGCGCCCCAUGUAUCAUUAUGAUCCAACCAUGGGUCCAUUGCCGCCGGGCUUCUCUGCCAUAAAUCUAUCCGUCAAAAUGGCUGCAGCGCAGGCAGCCGCUGCAGCAGCCGCCUAUCAAAAUCAACAGCAGCAGCAACAGCAGCAGCAGCAACAACAACAACAGCAGCAGCAACAUCAUCAGCAACAGCAACAGCAGCAGCAGCAACAACAACAGCCGCUGACAAAGCAAAGCAUUUCGCCUACACCAAAUGUGGGCGUGCCGCCGCCUGCUGUGGAUCUGUCGGGUGGCGCCACCGCUGUGACCACAGCGGCCAGUCCGCAUGGUUUCAAUUCGCCUGCAUCGCAUCAGCAAUACAAUCAGCGCAUGGGCAAUGGCAGUCCACAGCCGGGCGCCAGUCCAAACAUUGCCAGUCCGCAAGUGCCGAGUCCGCAGGGCCAGACGCUGGACUUGAGCGUGACGCGUUUGCCGCACAGCAUCAUCACGAGCCCACAGUACGGUGCAGACGGUGGUUUAGUGGUGGGUCACGGCCAGGGCUUUGGCAGCGGUGCGCCUGGAACGCUCGGACCUAACGGACCGCCACGCUCGCCGCAAAUGGAGCCCGUGGACUUUAGCGGGCCACCACGUCCGCUGGGCUUCGGUCUAGUGGGUCACAUCAGCGGUCCACGGCCAUACAGUCGCGAGUCUACGCCGGACAGCGGCGGCUCUCACUACAUCGAAACCUACAGAGAUCCCAGCGGCUACUCACCGCAUCCGGGCUAUGGCAUGGUGGUGCAGUCUGAUUAUCCGCCAGCUGGUUAUCAUGGCUACGGACCCGCUGCCUAUCAAUGCAGCAAUCCGUAUGCAACAGCCGUCGGUCCCGGCGGCUAUCCGACGCCCGUCUCCGGCGGCUACUCGCCCAGUCCUGCCACCUGCUACUCCAUGCCACCGCCGCAGCAUAUACCGCAGCAUGACAAGUCCAAAGAUGGCUUGACGGGCUGUUCACGCUCGGAUCGCAAUCAUCUGCAGUCGCAUUCGCAGGAGCUAAAGUGCCCCACGCCUGGCUGCGAUGGCUCCGGCCAUGUGACCGGCAACUACUCGUCGCAUCGCAGUCUCUCCGGCUGUCCGCGCGCCAAUAAGCCCAAGAGCAAGCCACGCGAUGGUCAGGACUCGGAGCCGCUGCGCUGUCCCAUACCCGGCUGCGAUGGCUCUGGCCACUCCACCGGCAAGUUCCUUUCCCACAGAAGUGCAUCGGGCUGUCCCAUUGCCAAUCGCAAUAAGAUGCGUGUGCUCGAAGCCGGCGGCACAGUGGAGCAACAUAAGGCGGCCGUUGCCGCUGCCACAGCCAUGAAAUUCGAUGCCUGCACCACAGUUGGCGGUCAGAGCAUUAAGAAGCCCAAAUUCGAUGAGGUUACAAUGGUUUAUCCCAAGGGCUAUACAGGCGCCGGUGGCUUGGACAUUGUCAUGAGCGGAGUGGGCGUUGGUGUGGGCGUGGGCGUGGGCGUACCUUUGCCGCCUGGCAUGAACAACAGCAACAGCAGCAGCGUUGCCAGCGAUAAAUCAGCUAGCGGUAAUGUCAAUGUUACCGUCACUGGCAGCAAUGCCGCUGGCAGCGAUGAUCUCAAUACCCUCGAAGCGGAAAUAUCGGAACUACAGCGAGAGAACGCACGCGUCGAAUCUCAAAUGAUGCGUCUCAAAUCGGAUAUCAAUGCAAUGGAAUCACAACUGAGCACCAGCGAUCGGGAAGCUUCUCCACUAAGCGCACAUCAUCAACAGCAGCAGCAGCAGCAACAGCAACAACAGCAGCAGCAGCAACAUCGCCUGGCUUCGCCUAGCGGACAAUCACCUUUCGCCAGCGUCAGCUCCACCACCAGCACCGCUGCUGUCGUCGUCAGCAACAACAACAACAACAACAACAGCGGCAGCAGCGCUGAGCUUACGCCACAUGUUAGCGCUGACGUCGGCGCUGCGCCCGCCAAUGCCAAUCUGAACAAUUACUAUGAGAGCUUGCGCAAUAAUGUCAUCACAUUGCUGGAGCAUGUGCGUCUGCCGCCGCCACCACCGCCGCCGCCGUCAGCGACCGCCACAAGCGUUGGCCUGCAGUCCGCCAUGGACAAUAACUGCAUCGUCGGUGGCGGCGGCGGCGGCGGCGGCGGCGUCGAGCAUGCAGCAGCAGCUGCUUACUCCACGCUAUUGCCGCCACCACCGCCGCCGCCGUCAGCGACAGCAGCCGUCGUUGGCAGCAACGCUGCGCCCAUGUAUGGUCAUCAGGGCGGUGGUGGUCCAGGACCUGCCGGCAAUGGGGGUGGUGCCCCACCGCCGCCGCCGCCGCAUCAUCAUGCGUAUACGGUGCAUCAUCCGGGCGGCUAUCCGCACAGUCAUCCGCAUGCACAUCCACACGAGCACUUUGACUCGUAUAUAUCGAAGCUGCAGUCGUUGUGUGUGCCACCGGAUGUGUAUGCUCUGCCCGAGGAUGCAGGACGACCUGUCUACAACUCGGUGAAGCCGAGCAUGCAUCAGGAAUAUGGCAAGCUAAUGCCGACGCCUAUUUAAGCGGCGCGUCUAUGUAUAUAGAGAGAGCUGUAGCGUGAUUGAAUCAUUCGAGUCAUAUGAAUCAUAUGAAUCAUUUGAGUCAUAUGAAUCAUCUGGCAUUCAUUAUUGGCAACAUAUUAUGCAGCGCUUAGGCAUAACUCGCAAGCAGCGAAUCAUAUGAUUCGAAUCAUUGCAUUCAAAUGUAUACACUAACGCAUUGUAUAUGUAAAUGUCUGUCUUCGUAAGUAUACACACUGGAUUCAUUAUAGUUUCUAGUUUCGAUUG